AUCGAUUGUGACAUCAAACUUUCGGACAGCUGUAGUCCGUAUGGAUUUGUUUAUCCGAAAAGAAUUGAGCCUGUCCACCAGCAGCGUGCUUGAAGAUGUGGCACCGCACUGCCUCAAGCUACUCACCUGGCUGCACGCUUGCCAGGAGGAGAUGCACUCCGAGAACCGUCAUCUGCGACUGAACCAAUCCGCUGUGGAAUCCCUGCUGAAGGCUCACCUGUACCUGUUCGAGUGUUAUGAUCGCUUCGGGGAAUCGCUGGCCGACCGCUGCGAUUCCCGGGGCUUCUUCACUGGUUGCGCCACAUUGGAGGAUCGGCGGAAGUGCAUCCGUGAGCUGUGCACCACCAUUGUGAACACACGAAAAGGAGAAACUCAUGCGCCACUGCUCCACCUUUCGUAUCAAACGUUCGCAGAGAUUCAGCCUGCAUGGAGUGGGAUCAGUGAUCUGGAUUGGUCGGAAAUACGACAAUCAGAUGCGCUCUCUUUCAACGAUUUUAUCAAUCCUGAUCUUCAACAGAUGCGCCGGCUGGUCAAGCGGAUUGGACGCUUGUCCAGUCUUCAGGACAUGCAGACCGCUCUAAAGCGGUCCAUGGAGCUGAUUGGAUACCAGGUGUGGAUGCAGCUUUUCAAAGAGCCAAAGGACAGUGACAUCCACAUAGAUUGCUACCUCAUGCGUCACAUGAUCUGCGACACUCUAACAGAGGGCGUAUCUACGGCUUGCACCGGCUUCCUGCACAAUAUCUUUCUGUUCGUAUCGCAACCCGCCAAUGAGAUGAGAUUCUGGGCCAGUAUGGAGCAUGUACAUCUGGCUGGCAGCUUGAUUGCCUACCUAAUCGACCAUUGGAAUCGCCACCUGCCCUACUUUGACAUUGAUGAGAUGCAAUUGACCGCUGAUGCUCCUGUUACGGCUGUCGCGGAGCUGCCCGUGAACGAGGCCACAUACAUAACCAAUCUGAUGCUGGCAACCGGAUCAAUAUGUCGGCGGCAGUUCGCCCAGCAGCUGCGCGCCCAGCUGCCCGCCAAUUUUUGGACUGCUUUGCUGGAGCUGCUAAAUAAAGUGGCAUUCGUUUUCAGUUAACUACACUACGAUUUUAAUCAUGUUUCGGCAGAAAUUCGCAGUUGCCAUCGGUCAGGCGAACCACCUUCUCGCCCUUCUCGGCCAGGAUCUCCUCAAUGUUGCGCUUGCCUUCCAAAUCUGUGAACCAGUUCAGAUUGUCGGCGAUCAGGUGGUGAUUGGAGCAGCCCUCGCAGGUCACGAUGACAACGCCGCGUUGGUAUGCCAGCUUCGAAAUGGUCUUCAUGUUUCGCGUUUGGCACACUUUGCAGGUAUAGAUCAGCUGCAUCUUGCCCUCCAGUUUAGCCAGGGGAAUGCUAUUAGUGGCCACCGUCUUGUCUGCAUCGUCCUGGGAGCAAAUAUUAAUAAUUCUAAUUAGAUUUUGUUUGUUAUUUAUAACCUUUAAUUAUUACAAUUGAUUUAUAAUUUUUUUAAUUACACAUGUAAAUAACAUUAAU